AUGUUGAGAAUUGCAAGCCUUUCAUCAAAGAGAUUCUUUUCACUCACACCAAGAAGAUCCAACUUGAUUGGUGAUUUGUAUGUGAACAAUAUCAGACAAUUCAAAGCCAAGCCUUUGUCACAAGAAGAAAUCGAUGCUGCUGUCAAGAAAUUCCAAUUGCCAGGUAAACCAUCAAUUCCACAAAUUCACGAAUUGUCAACUGAAGAAGUGAAAACCUAUGAAGACAGUGAAGUUGAAACACAAACUGAACAAGCUACUUCUGCUGAGGACUCAUCUGAAAACGGUGACUGGUUCGUCUUUGACACUGUUGAGGAAGAACACCACUAA